UGUGACUCCCCUCCAGACUGGGUGCGGAAAACGUGCAGGAAUUGAGCUGCUUUUUUUUUUUUCCUUUACCUCCCUCAGCUCUUUCAGACUUAAAAGCUGCUGCUAGAGGAUCCAAAUGAAGACACCUCCGAGGAUUUUCAUUUGCUCCUUUUCUUCUUAAAGUUCGUUAUUUUACAAAUGAAGAGCGACGCAACUUGAAGAGAGAUAUUGCUCUUCUCAAUACCCAACUUCUUCACUUAAUUUGCAGGAUAACCGCACACAGGCGUAACACUGCGGGGCUGCUUUCAUCGGCGAGGGGAAACAGAUGUGAGCAUCCCCCUAAAAAAAAAGUCUACGUUGGCUAAUGCGCUAAAUAUUAAUUCAGGUUUGAUGACUGACAAAUAUUCUUACGUGGACUUGAUAAAAAGUUAUAUUUGAAACGUAAGCGAGCGGGACGUUAAAGCAACCCCACCUUUGCCUCGCUAAGGAGAGAAAAAAAAAAAACUGUAUUAGUGACUAAAUGACGAGCUUUCCAGGAUGUAGCUUUGAUGUGCCUGGGCUUUGACCAACGCGAGCUGAUGGGUUUGGAAUGGUCAGUUUUUUUUAAGCUCUAAGAAAAGACAAAAGAGCCAUUAGGCUUGGAUUAAUUUAACUCUCUUUCUUUUCUUUUUUUCUUCCUGAAAAUUUGGGAGCGCAUCGUCUUCUGGUCGGGGAGACUAGUUUCAACAAUCGCACUUGUCGGGUGCCUUGGUUGUGAUUUGCAUCUUGGAACAAGAGGAAAUAUCCAUUUGAUUUGCGGAGUAUCAUCACUGUGAGACUUUAGCAGCACGCCGUUCGGACUAAUGUGUGGAUUACAUACCACUUGCUUUUUUUGUUUUUUUUUUUUUUUUUUCUUUGUUUGUUUUUUAAUUAGGAACACAAUGUCUUUGACAAGAAGACGACAACACGGAAUUUUGUAAACGCGCCUGAGAAUUGCGGAAUUUUUCUAUGCAGUUCUUUUUCGGGGAGGGUGAGAGAGCGAAAGACGGACCGUCAACCGCAAGACAGCAAGACAGACCUUCCAAAUCUCUUCGUGGAAAAGCACACAUGUUGGACUGGAAGCUGGAAUAAAAAUGACCAGAAGUCAAAGUACAAGUUAUUGAACUGGCAGUUGGCCCACAUCCUCAUGAAAAAGAGUGGAAGAACAGUCAAUGAAUUAUGAAUGUUCAACAAGAUGACCUCUUCCCAGCAGCAGCAGAUGAUGCGAGGUCCUAGGUGGAACCGGGCCUUUUCCGACCCUUUAUUUGUGCUGCUUCUAGCCCUCCAGCUGCUGGUAGUGGCAGGACUGGUGCGUGCUCAAACGUGUCCUUCUGUUUGCUCCUGCAGUAACCAGUUUAGCAAGGUUAUUUGCACACGCAGAAGCUUGCGAGAAGUUCCUGAUGGCAUCUCUACCAACACACGCUAUUUGAAUCUGCAAGAAAAUCUCAUACAGGUGAUAAAGGUGGACAGCUUCAAACAUCUAAGACACUUGGAGAUUCUGCAGCUGAGCAAAAACCACAUACGUAAAAUUGAGCUGGGGGCUUUCAAUGGACUUGCAAGCCUCAAUACCUUGGAGCUUUUUGAUAAUAGACUCACCACCAUCCCAAACGGAGCAUUUGAGUAUUUGUCUAAGCUGAAGGAGCUUUGGCUAAGAAAUAAUCCAAUAGAAAGCAUUCCUUCUUAUGCUUUCAACAGAGUUCCCUCAUUACGAAGGUUAGACCUAGGGGAGCUCAAAAGGCUCUCAUACAUUUCAGAAGGAGCCUUUGAAGGAUUGAGCAAUUUGCGCUAUCUAAAUUUGGGAAUGUGCAAUUUGAAGGAAAUUCCCAAUCUCACUCCAUUGGUCAAACUGGAUGAACUUGAAAUGUCUGGAAACCAGUUGUCUGUUAUCCGGCCUGGUUCGUUUAAAGGGCUUAUCCACCUGCAAAAGCUAUGGAUGAUGCAUGCUCAAAUCCAGACUAUCGAAAGGAACUCAUUUGAUGAUCUUCAGUCACUUGUGGAGCUUAACCUUGCCCAUAAUAACCUAACGCUUUUGCCCCAUGAUCUCUUUACUCCUUUACAUCAUUUGGAGAGGGUGCACUUGCACCACAACCCCUGGAAUUGCAACUGUGACAUCCUGUGGCUAAGCUGGUGGCUUAAGGAGAUGGUUCCUGCAAACACCAGCUGCUGUGCCCGCUGCAGCUCACCUACCCAAUAUAAGGGCCGCUAUAUUGGUGAGCUUGACCAGAAUUACUUUCAUUGUUAUGCUCCCGUUAUUGUGGAGCCUCCUGCAGACUUAAAUGUAACAGAGGGAAGUGCUGCUGAGCUGAAAUGUAGAGCCAGCUCGCUGACCUCAGUUAGCUGGAUUACACCCAAUGGUUCAAUAAUGACACAUGGUGCAUACAAAGUCAGAAUUUCUGUGCUAAAUGAUGGCACACUGAAUUUCACAAAUGUUACCAUGCAGGACACAGGGACAUACACGUGUAUGGUUAGUAAUUCUGCAGGUAACACAACAGCCUCAGCCACACUGAAUGUGUCCUCUCCAGAGAACAGCAGCUUCAGCUACUUCACCACAGUGACAGUAGAGACAAUAGAAACACCUCAUAACGAAGGCUUCACCACCACUGUUCAACAGAAAGUGGGCCCUACAUCCUCUGCCAGUAUAUGGGAAAGUCCUUCACCCACCUCUACGACAACGACAACAGUUCGAACCCCACUGUCCACACGUGCAACAGAAAAGCCCUACACAACACCUGUAACAGAGAGCUCGCUCAACGGUUUGGAUGAGGUCAUGAAGACGACUAAAAUCAUCAUUGGCUGCUUUGUUGCAAUCACUCUUAUGGCAGCAGUAAUGCUGAUUAUCUUCUACAAGAUGCGGAAGCAGCAUCAUCAGCAGAAUCACCAUGCACCCACACGCACUAUUGAGAUCAUCAAUGUAGACGAGGACUGCGUAACAGGAGGCCCAGGCAUGGAGGGCCAUCUUACUCUGCCGUCUCUGGAGCAUGAGCACCUCAACCACUACAAUACCUACAAGACUGCCUACAACCAUGCCUCAGCUAUGAAUUCCAUACACAGCUCAGCUCACGAACCUUUGUUAAUCCGGGCCACCUCAAAAGACAAUGUACAAGAGACCCAAAUCUAAUACUUUUGAAAAACUCCUAAAACUGUUGGCAUUACGCAGUGGCAUUACUGACAGGACAGUAUUGACAACUGGUUUUGAGGACUGUUGCUCAAAUCUGGAGCAACACACUUAUGUUUAGCAAAUCACUGGAGUGAUUUUCAUUCAAUGACAUUGGGAUUUAGAAUAUGUCUACUGUUUCAAAAAGUGUCUUUACAAAACAGAAGUUAUUUAUUUAAGAAAAAAAAAAUAUUGUGGUUGAAUCAAGAGAAAAAAAUAUUCUCCUUUUUUCAUCUAUUAAUACAUGUUACUUUUCCUCCUCUCAUGUGAAAAAGAAUGGUUUACAAAUAUGCUUAAACUCUUUUAGAAGGCAUCUGUUGGAAAAAAAACUAUCAUUACUUUUCAGCUGGUAUUUUAGUAUAAUUAAAGUUUGAAUCUAAGUGGAUAAUGUCAUACUUUACACCUGUGAAGAAAAUCUGGAGCACAUUCAGGGUUUUCUCCAACAGUGAAAGAAAUUGUUGAAUAUCUUGUGGUCAUCUAAAACAUGGCUGCAUAAAACACUUGGCAGAGCGAAAGUGUCAGUUAUAAAUUUUGACCACAAUUCAAAGUUUUAAUUGGAACUGUCACAUGCUUUAGGCACACUCUGUUCUGCCAUGAAGUCACAGAAAGUUCUUGAAAAAGGGAAAUAGAUCCUACUUACUGUAUGAAAGUUGUUUAAAAAUGAAAUUCAAUACUAAUGAUUUUAUGUUCUCUUAAAUUAAAUUUCAUUGAUCAAAAGGUCAUUCUAUCCAUAAUGUGUAUGCAAAAUACAAUUAUAUUCCUGAUCUCAAAGUUGUCUUGACAGAAGUCCAUUCCUUCAUAGAGGGAUCCUUUUUUUGUUAUUUAAAUAUACCAUUGAUGGCAUUAAGAAUUAUUGCUGUUCUCAAAGUUAUAGCAUAAUUAAUAAAUACUUUAGAAGCAUUAUUGUAAUUGAACAGGAUGGGAAUAGUAUCACUGUCCCAUCCUGGCAAAAUUCUCAUUGCUUGAAAUGUUUCCAAUGUAUUCUGACCUUACACUUACCUUCUAAUUUUGUGUUCCAGAGCAUAUUAAGGUGGCUGUUUUAAAGAGGUUCUUUAUUCUUGCUGGGACCUGUUACCGCUUCUGCAGUACUGCCAGGAGUGCUGUCAGAACCAGAGUGACGAGCUGAAGAAAGAGCUUAAACCCUUUAUACAGCUGUCUGACCACAUUGCUUGUCAUCUAUGUGCCACAUUUCCACAUUGAGAUGCUUGGCAGCCCCGGCUUCACACCCUGCCCCUGCCAACCAAAGGACUUGGCCCUGAGUGGCAAGGCUUAUGCUACAAGAGGCUUUACGGUCAUGCAGAAUGUGUGGGAUCAGGCAUCAACCAGAUGUUUGAGUUGCACCUGCCUUUUUCCUUUUCCCUUAGCGACCACACAAUUUACAUUUUAAUUGAUGUGCCCAUGGGCUUUGUAUGGACACAGUUCUGCAGGCACUCAUAUCCAGCAAGCCAUUUUAAAGUCCCUACUGUGAAAAUUGUGCCAAGCUCCGUAAAUGCUGUGGUUAGACAGAUGGUCCAGGAUUUACUUUUAGCAAGUAAACAGGGUUUCUUUUCAGCAGUAGAAUAUUUUUGGUGAAAGGCAUUGUUACACCGUUUUACCAUUUAGAAGAAGCAUAACAUGUAUGCAUUCACAGUACAUUUAUUUUUUUGUUUUUUAAUGCUUUUAUGGUCUGAAUAAACAAAACAUGUAUUUUUAUGACAAAAAUACUGAGCAAAACAACUCCAAUGUAAAUGUGAAAAUUGAUAUCUAUAAAAUGACUAUGAAUAAUUUUUUUAAAAAAUUGCAUAAAAUAAAUGAUUGCAUAAAUAUUCAAUCCCUUCAAGUCAGUAUUUGAUUAAAGUCUGGGCGUUGAACCAGCUACUCCAGAACAUCAUCAUUGUUUUCCUCAAAACAUUUGUAUGUAUCUUUGCUGUACGCUUCGGUCAUUCAUUGACUUGCUGAAAAAUAAAUCUUCUGCAAAGUCGUAAUUCUCUCGCAGAUGGAAACAAAUUGUCCUCUAGGAUUACGGUGAUAUUAUAUUUUGCUAAGUUCAUUUUACCUUCUACCUCUCCAAGCCUCCCAGGACCUGCUACACAGAAGCACCUGCGAUGCAUGACGCCAUGACUUAAAAUGGUAAUGAUGCAUUUGUGGUGAUGUGCAGUGUUCAAGCAACAUAUUGUCUGAAGACCAAAGAGCUCCAGUGUUGUCUCAUCAGACAAUAUAAUGUUCUUUAACUUGACCAUGGAGUUUCUUACAAGAUUUCUGGCAAACUCUAGUCAAGCUUUCUUCAAAAAAAAAGGAAAGCUUGAACCUGGGCAACAGUUGUUACAUGCAGAGUCUUCCCCCUCUCAGCUGAUAAAGACUAACUCCUUCUGCGUAGUCCCAGGUGUCUUGGUGUCUUCACACAAUGUUCUCCUUCUUGCAUCAUCACUCAGUUUGUGAGUUUGAGACUACAAGCACCAGUUGGCUGAAUUAUGUCAGUCACAAUAGAUGGGAUAGAUAUUUAAGCAAUCACUAAUUUUAUGUUACAUAUUUUUAAUGAAUUGUCAUUUUGUAGAAUCUGUUUUCACUUUGACAUUAAGUGGGCUUGUUUUAAAUUUCCCCCCCCCCAAAAGCCAGUUUUCUAAAAAUCUUGAAUGAUUUGUAAAAAAAUUAAAAACAUGACACAUCCAAUGGAGUGAAUGCUUUUUUCUCUACACUGUAAUUUACACACAAUUAAAACUAUCAGCUGUAUUAAUGAUAUAAGAUUGAAUACAUAUUUAUAUAAAAUAAGUAAAUUACAUGCGUGGCAUCAUUACAGUAAAAGACUUCAAUCUAUCAAAAAUCUUUAAAUGAACCUUCUUUGGUUGCUGCCCUCCCACAGCCCAAAGCCAAUCCCCCACACCAAUUAAUUAUCUUUAUUUAUGAAGGGGCUUCAACAUACUAGAGGUUUUUCCACAAAAGACCCACACUGUGGUUCAAACUGUUUUAGACUUUCAAGAAAGUGUUUGAUUUGUUCUUAGAAACUGUAUAAUUAAUUUACUUUGUGGUAAUUUCUGCUUUGGUAAUAUUAUAAUAAAGUGAAUUUUUAAAAUUGGUUAACUUUAAGUUCUACUCCUUUUUACCAGCUGGACUUCUCAACCUUACUUUUGUAGAGUGUGGCACAUUUGUAUACCAUAGGGUGGCAAGGGUAUCAGUCAUUGUUUUAUCUAAGCGCUUAGAGGUGGAAUUUAGGACUAAAAUUCUCUGUUGCAGACUUUUAUCUUUUUUUGUUUCAUUUGGAGGAAAUUGUCAGAAAAUUUCAAUGGUAAAUCAGUUGCAUUUGUCGAGCUGUCUCAUGUAUGUAAGAUAUCUGAAUAUUUUUGGUCAGUAUUGUUUUUUUAAAAACUAUCCUUUUUUUGAUUCUGAGAGGGAAUGCUGUUUUAGUGGUAGAUUUCUUAAAAAAAAUUCAUUUUAAGAAUAAAAUAUUUAAAAGAAAAAACAAGCUUUUUUAUUAUUAUUUUGAUUUUUCAUGUGCCAACAAUCUGUUCAAAAAGUGAAAAUAGAGAAAUAUGCUGUAACAGAAUAAGAGAUUGAUUUUCAUGUUAGCAUUCUUUCAUGACCUUUAAAAGAUAUGGAGGUUGAUUAUAGAGACCAGAGUUUGUAGUUCAAAAACAAAAUAUGGGUAAAAUAAACUAUUGUUGUUUUUCUGUA